AUGGCAGACACAGAGACCGCGCCCGCCGCCGAUGCCCGGCCCGCAAAGAGCGUCGUCUACUGCGGCCAAUGCUCCCUCCCACCAGAAUACUGCGAAUACGGCGGCACGACGCAACGCUGCGCCGACUGGCUCCUCAAACACCACCCUGACCUGCACGCCAAACUCUACAGCGAAGAAGCGCAAGCCGCCGCCCUAACGCAAAACCUCUCCAGCCUGUCCGUCGACGCGCAAAAGCGGGCAGAAAAGGACGCGCAGAAGAAGGCGGCCAAAGCAUCCGCCGCGGAAUCGCGCGAGGCAGAGAAGCGCGCGAGCUCCAAAGUCACCAUCAAGCGCGUGGAGCGCAACAAGCGCAAAUACGUCACCGAAGUCUCCGGGCUGGAGCACUUCGGGCUCGAUCUCAAGAAGAUUGCCAAGGAGUUUGGCAAGAAGUUUGCCACGGGGUCGUCGGUUACCAAGACGCCGAGUGGCGGCGAGGAGAUUACGGUGCAGGGGGAUGUGAGCGAUGAUAUCUUCGAUUGGCUUGGGGAGCAUCAUGAGGAGAUUCCCGAGGAGAAUAUUGAGCUUGUGGAGGAUAAGAAGAAGAAGGGUGCGGCGGCUGCGGUGUGA